AUGGUACAUUGUUUCCCCCUGGAUGGGGAAGUGUGGAAGGAAGGAAAAUGUACGCUAGCAAAAUGCAUUAAUGGUAAAGUGACCCGUAACCAGACCUCCUGUCCAACACCAAAGCCUGUAGUGUGCGCAAAUAACUUCCAUGCUGUUGAAGUGACAGAUGAUGACGGAUGCUGCUCUCACUAUGAAUGCCAAUGUGUCUGCUACGGUUGGGGAGACCCCCAUUAUGUCACCUUCGAUGGAACCUACUAUGGUUUUCAAGGCAACUGUUCCUACUGGCUGGUGAAAGAGAUAUUGCCCAGAUACAACUUCAGUGUGAUGAUCGAUAACUACUACUGUGGUGCAGCUGAUGGCUUGUCCUGUCCACAGUCUAUUACUGUCUUCUACCAAAACUACAAGAUCUUUAUUACACAGAAGGAUAUCAAUGGCGAUUUCAUAAAUCAGAUUUCUGUGAAUGACAAGGCUGUGAGUCCUGCAUACCAGAAUGGUGACUUCCGUUUAACUACCACCGGUAUUGAUACAGUGCUCCUCAUCCCUAAAAUCCAUGCCAAGAUCACCUUCUCCGGGCUCAUAUUCAGUAUCUACCUGCCCUUUAGUCAAUUUGGUGGGAACACUGUGGGACAGUGUGGCACGUGUGACAACAACCGGACAGAUGACUGCAUGUUGCCCAAUGGCAAAAUUGAUCCGUCAUGUCCUCAUAUGGCACACGAGUGGCAUGCUAACAACAGUUACUGUAAUCGAGUUCCACCCACACCACCACCAACAACUACGCCUACUCCCUGCAAUACAACCGUCUGUGAGAUCAUGAAAAGCAGUGUGUUUGAAGCUUGCCACAAGGUCGUUGACUACAGUCCUUUUGUUGUGGCAUGUGAGUUUGACAUCUGCCAUAUGCACAUUAAUCACAUCGGCUGCACCAGCUUACAAACCUACGCUGAUGCCUGCGCCGAGAGCGGAGUGUGCAUUGACUGGAGGAGUGCCACCAAUGGACUCUGUGAAUUUAAAUGUCCAAGCCCCAAAGUGUAUGAGGCCUGUGGCCCUCUAGUGGAGCCUACCUGUGAUUCAUGGUACAAUGAGAAAUUCAUCUAUGCCGUCGACCAGUUCAGUGCCAUGAUGAAUGUGAAGCUGGAGGGUUGCUACUGCCCAAAUGGCACUUACCUCCUCUCUUCCAGCAUCAAUGAGUGUGUGCCCUCCUGUGAAAUCUGUCGACUGCCUAAUGGAAAAUGGACAAAGGCCAACACAACAUGGACAGAUGGCUGUGAUGAGUGUAUAUGUGAGGAAGACACACUGCAGGUCACCUGCCGUCCCCUGUCCUGUCCAACAGAGCCACCCGUCAGCUGUGACCAGGAGGGUCAGGUCAAGGUCACUGAUACUGUUGGCUGCUGUCAAAAGGAGAGGUGUGAGUGUGAUAUGAAGCUGUGCCCUGAAUCUGUGGCAUCCUGUCCUAUUGGAUAUACUCUAACUAUCACUAAAGGAGUCUGCUGUGUCAAUUAUACCUGCGAGAUGAAGGAUGUGUGUGUUCUAAACAACCAUGAAUAUCAGAUUGGAGAGAAGGUUCCCAUGAAGCCAUGUGAAACCUGCGUUUGUACUAACAAGCCAGAUACCGGCAGCAGUCUGCACCAAAUAGACUGUGAGCCUGUACCAUGUGACAAAUUCUGCCCUCUGUUCUAG